AUGUUAAGAAGAGAAAUAUCCAUUUUAUUAGCAAAAGGAUAUUUGACAGAACUCCUUGGAAGGAAAAAGGCCAAAGAUGUUGAAGGCUUGGACUUUUCCAAACCAAAAUCAACACAAAAAGCAGAUUCCCCACCAGCGAAUGCAAAAGUAAUUAAUACCAUCUCUGGUGGAUCGGAAGUGUGCGGGACAAAAUAUUCAACAGAAAAAAGACUUGCAAAGCAAAGCAAAGCAGAUAAAGGAGAAAGAAGUGUGAAGAAAGCAUCAAUUUCGGACUCAGACAUUAUCUCCUUUGAAGAAGAUUUUGAUAAUAUCAUGGAACCUCAUCAUGAUGGGCUGGUAAUUACUCUUUUUAUCGCUAACCAUUAUGUUCGCAGGAUUUUGAUAGAUAAUGGGAACUCAGUGAAUAUCAUCAAGCUGGAGACAUUACGAAGAAUGGAUAUCUCGAAAGAAGAUAUUAAUGGAAAGGCUUCUCCACUGAUUGGAUUCAGUGGGGAAACUAAAUAUACAGUGGGUGAAAUAAAAUUACCAGUUUAUGUUGGAGGGAUGAAUUCGAUGCAGAAAUUCUGUGUCGUAGAUUCUCUCCCAGGAUGCAACAUAAUCUUGGGAAGACCCUGGAUACACGAAAUGAAGGUAGUACCUUCAACAUAUCACCAAUGUGUUAAACUUCCAACACCUUGGGGAGUAGUUACUGUCAAGGGAGAUCAGCAAGAAGCAAGAGAAUGCUACACAUCCAGCAUGAAGUCAGCUGCAAAGCCAAUUUCACAAUAG